CAAAAACCUCUUUUUCAAGGGAGUCCAGGCCAAGAGGCAGCACAUUUCAAAACAAAUACAUACGAACAAACAAAGUUAAAAUUACACAAAACAAUUACACAUUAUUGAGGCAGUCUGUAGGCCUUUGAGUUUAGUUUUAAAAACAUUUAAAGACAACAGUUCAGUCAGUUUCCAGUCUUUCUGUAACAGGUUCCACGAAAAAGGCGCAGAGUGGACAAAGGCUUUCUUACCCAGCUCUGUGGGGACAAGGGGAACAGACAGAUCAUUUGAACGCAAGGAGUAAGAACCACUAUUUGUCCUUGUGAGCAAAGUACAAAUAUAAGGAGGCAGCAAUCCAAGCAUAGCUUUGUAAAUAAAAGUGUACCAAUGCCUUAUAUAUGUGCUUUGGGUGUCUCUGUUCUCUUUAGCUGCUUAUGAAGUAUUGUAAAGUGUAUUUUACCUGUACACUCAUCAUUAUCAUAAAGUCAGGUGAAUUGGACUUUCACCCUACACUGAAAUCUGAUUCUAGACCCUCACAUUGACUAAUUUGACUAAAAAUGUGGGAUUUGACAGUUAUGUGUCAACCAGCUAUACAGUUUCAGGCAUAUCUGCAUGUGAAAUGAAAUGCAAAUGGAUGCUAAUUAAAAUGCCUCGUUUACAUUUGUUGUGCUUGUGAAUACAAAAAUAGUCUGAGCGGUAUGUUUAGUAAGGCAGAGGCCUCUUCUUGGAAAGAUGCAGAACAGUGCCCAAUGAUGCAUUUAAAUACAUGAUUUUGAACUUAAUAUUCUUGUUUAUUGUACUUCAUAAAAUCUGAACAUUUUCUGGGUAUCUGUAGAUAGACGAAUUUAGGAGUUCAGCUGACAGGUACUGUAUAUCUGCCACCUCCAUACAGGAAAGGAGUGAAAGGGGCUUCCUGUGAUUGACUUUCUAUCUAAGGCUGAAUGUAGAUGCAAGGAAGUGUAACACACAUAAGCACUUUUGGAAAUACCAAAGCAUUGCACUUACUAUUCCUCCUGUAAUGCUAUAAUUACCCACCAACGGUAUUCAGUAAACAGUGUAAAUCAGAUCACAUGCAUGUACAUGAGGCGGAUUACAUUAAAGGAAAUGCUCCCCAUCGGAAUUCCGUAAAGUGAAUUCCAACAAUGCUGAAAUGUAGAUCUUGUGAUUGCAUGUGUAUAUCGUGCACCAGCACGAUCAGGUGGAAUGAAUCAGCAUAUUUAAGAUCUUUAAGUUUAACAGAUUAAAAACAAGAAAAAAGAUGCUUUUCGGAGAAAAAGAAUGUGAAGGUCAGGUUUUUUCUGACUGGCAAACAUUUGUCACUCCAACACACGCACAAGAUAAUGAGGUUUGAAAUCACCACCAAUCAUCUGGAAACUGAGACCUUGCUCUUCACAUUCUCUGAGAUUCAUAUACAGCACAUGACGCAUCUGCUGCUUGACUGCCGCCUCUGUGACGGCACUCGCCUCAUGUUUUAUUUGAUGUCAAAACUAAUGAUCACAAAAGAAUGCAUGAUCAUAUAGAAAAUAGAAACUAUGAAUCUGAGAAAUGCAGGAACGUCUGACUAACCUGAGAAUGUUUGCUUCUCUGUCGUGCUCUCUCUUUCCACAGUGGGAUGCCAUUAAUGAGAUGGACGAGUACUUCAGUCCUAUCCACACAUACCAGGUCUGUAACGUGAUGAGCCCGAGCCAGAACAAUUGGCUGGUGACAGGCUGGAUCCCUCGGGAAGGAGCCAGGAGGAUCUACAUCGAGGUCAAGUUCACCCUGAGAGACUGUAACAGCAUGCCUGGAGUACUGGGCACCUGCAAGGAAACUUUCAACCUGUACUACUACGAGUCUGACAGAGCGGUGGGCUCAGCCAUACGGGAGAACCAGUUCAUUAAGAUUGACACCAUCGCUGCUGACGAGAGCUUCACAGGGGUGGACCUGGGAGUCAGACGACUCAAACUCAACACAGAGGUACGAGUAACUCAGCAAUACUACAGGUGAAUGUCAGUCCAGGCUUUCAAAGCAAAAUCUCACGUUGGAUUGUAAGUUAGCAUGCACACCUCCACACAAGUUCAAAACAAGUUGGAAGCAUCCACAUCCACAGGAGAGCCUCUUCCAGUCACGUUACUCAAACUGUUUUGAGCUCGCGUCUAGCUGUGAGAGAAAACAAAUAGCAGCACUUGGCUCAGUGUUUUCAGAUGUGAUUUGAUAUUGACAACAGCUUCAAAUUUGAUAUAGGAUAGUGGUACUACACUAUUAUUGAUACCUAACUCUGUUGGAAGCAGAACAAUCAGUAUUAGGACAUUUACUUAGUUAUCAGCUAACGCUAGCAAGCUGGGUUAGCAAGCUUCAUGAAACCAUUGUAUAAAUGCAAUACAGUGUACUAAUUGUACUAAUACAAACCGAAUGUUACUCAGCAAUACUGAAGCCUUUUCUGAGUCUCAUAGAAGGCCAUAUAACAACCACAUUAACACAGCUGAGAGAGCCAGUAGUGUGGUGUGACUUAGCCUCAAAAUUAGCUAUCAGAAGGAGCUUUAGCUAUAAAUUUUAUAUGACAGUGAAGCUUAUAACAGGCCCAAAUGUUUUUUUCUAUCUGGGUGUAAACAUGUCAUUUUCAUGACUGAGGUUAGGAUUCACAACAGUGGAGAGUGUAUGAGGUUCCACAGCAGGAACUGUAGUCUUUUUAUAUCUUAGAUUUAGAAAUUUAAAGCUGAAUUUUUGCCUUGUUUCAGGUCAUCUCACCAUAUCACCUUGCAAAGAAAUAUUUAAUUAGAGUAUUUAAAUUCAGUUUCUUUUUUCAUGUAGACAUUAAUUUUUGUUUUUACAAAUA